CCGCGCGCCCCGAUCCACAUCCUAACCUUCCAUUUCAUUGUGACGUAUAUAUCUUAUUUGCCGAUUCCCGGAUUCCCGUGCUACGGCACACUCGCCGAAGCAGUUUUGUACGUACUCGGCCGCAUCCUGAUAAUAUUAAUCGCGUUGGGAUAUAUGACGUACUCGCACAAUGAAGACUAGCAUCUUGACCUCCAUCCUUUCCGUCGGUUGUUUCCUCAUCUCCCCAGCUCUCGCCCUCGUUGGCAGCAUUUCAGCACCUACAACCGUUCUCCACCCAGGUCAUAAAUUCACCGUAACAUUCCAUACAUCCCUCUACAUCCAAAACAACCUCCAAUUCUACGCUCUCUUCGGGAUAUGGCCUUCACCAGGCUUGGGCGAAUCAUACUUGGGAAUUCCUAUUCCAGCUGUUGGCCCCGUCCCUGGUGCAGAUGGUGGACUAGGAUUGGGUAACUUUCGAGUCGCACCCAGUGGGAAGGGAAAGCUGGGCAUCGAUGUUGGUGGGAUCGAUUUGUGGGAAGCAACGUUAGCGAACACUGGGUCGAAAGCUUACAACGUGACGUUGAGAUUACCUGUGGAUUUGACGACGCCAGGAAAUCGAACGACCAACUAUACACUUCAAACGGGUGUGCUUGGGACGGUGGGAGCAUCCGGGCUGACAACGCUGUCCUUUCACAACACGACAAUCAGGAUCAAGUCUCCCUAAUCUCCCGGUGGCCCCCAAUGAUGUCGACCCAAUCAGUAGUGUCGCAUCGAUUCCCCUUUCGUCGUCGGAUGAAUACUAUGUGUAGAUAUCAGAUCCCUACAU